AUGUUAUGUUAUGAUGUUAAACGGCGGAUCUACACCGGAAGUUCGAUAAACUUACCUGGUGGAGGGCAGCAGCAACCACCAGUGCUAAUUAGGAGCCGAAAGUUUUAUUGGGAGCUGGCUCUCUUUUCAGGUAUCAUCAGGCGAAGCCAAAGAGCUGCAAGGGAACAAUCCCUUAAAAAUGCUGCGGAAGUCGGAGACUUGUCCAGGAGUAAUAUUAUAGACAACAUGGAGGGAGAUGAAAGGGAAGAAGGGGACCCUCCAAGGGUUUCACGUUCAACCGCAAAAAGGGCGAGAAAGGUUUCUCUUGUUGAUAACGCAGAAGCUUCUGAGUUCGAAGACCCUGACGGAGAUAGCCCAGCGGAGGCAAACAUUGAGAGGCCAUUGACGAUGGGGAACGUGCCUGAAAGCUGUCGAGUCCCGCCACUCGACCCUUCUAAUUACCGCUCCGCCGCUCGAUAUGGCGCAUCCGUCCGUUGUGGAUUUAUAUUGUGCUGGUGUGCUGCAUCCUAG